AUGUCGCUAGCAAAAGCUCACAUCCGCAUCGCCCGUCCAACAAACGACCUCGAGCCGAUCAAGAAAUUCUACUGCGAAGGCCUGGGUCUGAAGGUCCUAUACGAGUUCUACGACCACGAGGGCUUUGAUGGCAUCAUGCUGGGGUCGUCCACUGCUCCUUAUCACUUCGAGUUCACAAGAAAGGCUGGACACGAUGCUGGCCGUGCUCCGAGUGAUGACAAUCUGACUGUCUUUUACCUUCCGGAUGAAGCGGAAUGGAAGGCCGCUGUUGACCGCAUGACCACUGCUGGGCAUGCAUCUGUGAAAGCUUUCAAUCCGUACUGGGACCGAUGCGGAAGGACAUUUGAGGAUGCUGAUGGAUAUCGAAUUGUGUUGUGCAAGAUGGACUGGAAGAAUCCCGACGUUUGA